GCGACUUCCUCCUCGCCGAAUUGAAAAGCCCCAGCACGGCAGCAUCCCGAUCAGUUCCACUCACUCCAUCCACGCGCCACCACCUCCGAAAAUGAGGGUGUUCUGUGUCUUAGUGUUCAGUGUUGCGCUCGUCCUCGCCGACGAAGCCGCCAAGCAGGAGAAGCAGGAGGGCGGCGACAAGCAGAAGCGAAGCGGCUUCGGUGACUUCGGCGGAUUCGGCUAUGGCCUCGGCGGCGGCCACGGCUUCAACGGCGGAUUCGGCCAGGGCCUCAACGGCCUCAACGGCGGCUACGGCCAGGGCCUAGGAUACGGCCAGGGCCUAGGAUACGGCUACGGACACGGCCACUCCAUCGAGAAGACCAUCACCAUCAACAAGGAGGUCCCCGUCCCGUACCCCGUCCACGUCGAGAAACAAGUCCCGGUCCCCGUCCACGUCAAAGUCCCCGUCGACCGCCCCUACCCCGUCCAAGUCCCCGCUCCCUACCCCGUCCACGUUGAGAAACAAGUCCACGUCCCUGUCCAAGUCCCCGUCCCUGCACCCUACCCCGUCGAGAAGCGCGUCCCCUACCCCGUCCAAGUCCCCGUCGACAGGCCUUACCCCGUCCACGUACCCAAACCCUACCCAGUCUACGUCGAAAAGAAAGUCCCUUACCCUGUCGAGAAGCACGUCCCUGUCCCUGUCCAAGUCCCCGUCGACCGUCCCUACCCGGUCCAUGUUCCUGUUGAGAAGCCAGUGCCUUACCCAGUCGAGAAGCAUGUGCCAUACCCGGUGAAGGUCCCAGUCGACAGACCGUACCCUGUCCAUGUCCCACAACCGUACCCAGUCCACGUUGAGAAGGCUGUGCCAUACCCCGUCGAAAGGCCGGUGCCUUACCCGGUCAAGGUGCCCGUCAGGGAACCCUACCCCGUUCACGUACCGGUUGAGAAGCCCGUCUACGUCCCAGUCAAGUCCCACGGACCCUCCUACGGAUGGGGACACGGCUGGUAAACACAAACACGAUCAUGAUCUCCGCAACAACUCACUUCAACACGUUAGCAGGUGCUGAUCCCGGAAUUGCCGACACAGUCCCCAGGAGACCCUUAUCAGCAUUCAAGCAGUCCAUUUUUUGGUGUUAUUUGCUUCGCUUUGACUCUUAUUUGAAGAAGUGAAUAUUAAAAACUCUUUAAUCUUAAAGUCUAAUGCUGUACCGUGGCCUAAUUAUUAAUUUGUUAACUUUUUGGUGCAAGUGUUUUAACUUGGAUAAAAUGUUUAAUUUUCUAGUCCCAAAGGUCCUGCAUUUUUCUUGAAUACCUUCGGGUUCAAAGGUUUCCUAGAAAUUUAAUGUGACAAGUGAUGAACGUGUGUUGACAGGUAUGAGUGGAACUAUAUAGCAUUUAUUCAAUUUUUUAGACUCAGUUGUUUGUAUUUUCUGCCAUUUUAUUAAAUUAAAAACCUAGGAUCAGCCCUGAAAUCAGUAUUUAAAACAAGUUUUUAAGUCUGCGAUUUCAAUCAAAAUUUUUUCUGAGGCAGAGAACGUCAUUUUUUAUUAAAUCAAGAAGCUUUGCGAAGAAUGAGUAAAUAAUCUUGAGCAGAAGGAUCUCACAUUUAAAUACUUAAAUACUCACAAGGUGUUACCAUGUAUUUUCCUACUUUUGACUCAUUAAAUUUGUUAAAAAUGUUUAAA